AUGGUGGUGCCAUCCGCUUCAGCCGACGAUGCGAUAAAUAGGGCCGACGAUCUUAGAGCGGAACCUGAACUCCCAGAAGGGCCAACAGAUAGCCAUGUGCUGUCCCAGGUUGAACAGGACGAAAAAGGACUCUCACAGAAAGCUGGCGAGACUAGAGAAAUCACCGACCUCGGAUGGAACGAACCUCACGAUUUCAUUGCGAAACCUCUGGUGGCCGGGAUAUCAAAUGAUGACUUGUGGAUGCUCAUUAGACGAUUUGAUAAGGUCUGCCCUGAACCUCCUCAAGUCUAUCGAGUCAAAGCAGUCCCCGAUGCUCCGUUACAGCGGCUAGAUCUCUCGCGAACAGACGACGAUGAAUUCUCACCGGAUAAACUCAGAGCUACGCUUGAACGCUUUUACAUCACUGUUAUUGUCGGCGUGACCAAUUGCGUCAAGCAUAUUGCGCGGCUACGAUCUUGGAGGGAGCCACGACGUACUGCUGCCUUUUGCACGGUCUAUCUCCUAUCAUGGGCUCUAGAUCUGCUUGUACCAACUAUGCUGGCGACUGCAAUUGUCCUGGUGAUAUACCCACCCUCUCGGCCACUCUUAUUUCCCCCAGCCCCAAUUGCUCUGGUCGACAAAGAUACGGGUGGUGUACAAAAGCCAAAGGCCGGCAUUCUUGGAUCCCAUGACAGCAUCACCGGUGCACCAGAGAAAUUUAAGGGGGAGGCAGCCGAACAAGAGGCUAGUAAUUGGGUAACCAGUGUUGCCAGCGUUGCUGUGGGUGGCGCUGCGGGGAAGCAUGAACAAGCUGUGCCUGAAGAUGCACCCUUCGAAGACGAUGUGCCAGAUGCGAUGGACAUCGUUACCAAUACAGCAGAUGCGCAACGCGCCGCCCAUGGAAAUGUGCCAUCGGAUUCCCAUGAUAAGACUCGACAGCCUAUGAAGCAAAGCGUGAUGGAUGGUGCGAACCUUGCGAUGCAGGUUGUAGGGGAUAUCACUGAUACUUAUGAGAAGAUGGGCAACGCUCUAUCUGCGACUGCACCGUUUCCUCGAUUGCAACCUCGCCUUCGCCUGGUGGCCGUCCUGGGCCCAGCGUGCCUUCUUUCACUUGUUACAUCUAGCUACGCUUUUAUGAAGCUCAGCACAUUUUUCAUUGGCUUUGCCUUCUUCGGAGAUCCUAUCAUCAGCCGUGGGGUCUCAUACCUGAAUCGCCGCUUCCCUAAUUGGCAGAAGCUCAUUGAAUUGCAAAAUUCCAUCCUCAAGGGUAUUCCGACAAACGCUCAGCUGACCGUUACUCUUCUCCGCAUCGGCGAGGCCAAUGCAUCCCCACUUCCGCCGCCUCCAACCUCGCAGGAGAAGGUGCCUGAACGGCCAGCCUCUUUGGAUCAUGAGCAGCUGACUUUAGAUGCCUCGGGUGAGGAAAUAAACGAGGCAGCCCUCGUCAAACCUGCCGAGCCCACUCAGGAGGCCGAGGUCCCAUCAGAGAAGAGCCACAAAAAGACAUGGGCAUCUAGCGUGGUGGGCUUCUUCCGAGGGACCACUGCCACCGGCGUGGAAAGCAAGAGAGGCCUUGAUCGCUUCCGAGCAGCAAUCGGCUCACGUCAUGCCAAGGAGCGCGUCGGCGUCCUACGCGACAAGGGCAAGGUGAGUACGCCAAAUGGUCCUGUGGCAUUUGACGCGCGAUGGAAAGGAAAGCGCGGCACUGUCAUUAUCGAUUCUACCAAAGAGCCUGCACUGCUGUACUUCACCACCGACAUACCGACAGAUGGAGAGGUGCGAGUGGAGACUCGCAAGGCUGGAUCGGUCCUGUUUACCAUGCCGGUCAAUGAGAUCCAGGAGAUGAGAAAGCUGGGCGGUCUGGGAUGGAAAGGCAAACUGGUUGUCGGUUGGGCUCUUGGUAGUAAGGUGGUUGUUGAUGGGCUGCUCAUCACUGGCACGAAGCCUGCGCAGUCCUACCACCUCACGGCUAUGGGGACCAGGAACCAACUAUUCAAUCGGCUUGUUGCAAUCGACGGACAGGUUUGGAUGACCUGUUGA